GGAGUGAAGAGGACAAGGGGGAGUGGACGAGAAGGCAGGCACUAGGCAGGCGGACGUGUGGCAGAUAGGUGCCUGGCUGUGCUUCGGAAACACGCGCGUUGGUUGAUCAUUUGUGCUGUGGACGCUCGAGCGGUGCGUGGCGGCUAUCCAUGUGUGCAUAGGUGCUGUUUGUUACGUGGGACACACUGCGUGAGCGUUACAAAUACUUUCGAUAGCCGCGGGAAUGUUGUUCGAAGCCAAGAUGAAGUGCUGCAUCACAUUUACCGUUGUGACGUUACUUCUCUGUUUUAAUGCGUGCGCGUACUCGCAAGACUCGUCGUCCGUUGACAACGUGCAAAAUCUGAUAGGCGACAUUCCGGAACUGAAGAAUGUGAACGCGUCCGGCGUUCAGGCUCAGGCGGAAAAUUUGUUCAAGGAAAAGUGCAAGAGGAACGGCGGGCCGAACGCGUUCGAGAACAUCGACCGGGCGAAAACCGAGAUGGUCGAGUGCGUUCAGUCGUUGAUCAACAUCACGGAUCUUCAGUCCGAAAUAGACAAGUACAAAUCCACUGGCGAUUUGGACAUCGUCUUCAAGAGGUACUGCAACAAGCGCUUCACUCUGCGAGCCUGCGUGACAAACUUCACCAGCACGUUGGAAGCGUGUCUGGACGAAAAGGAGAAGGAGAACAUCAAGAUCGUACUGAACAUCACCGACUCUCUCUUGGAAUUCACUUGCUUCAAGGAGGGCGAGCGCAUAGCCCUUUUCAUCGCGGCCGGAGGACCGGAGUGCAUCGAAUCCAAGAAAGAUGCGAUUCAAGACUGCGCCAACAAGACUUAUUCCAGUAGGUUGCCAACGUCGAACAGCGGCGGCUCGCUGGACGUCGAGAAUUUGCCAACGUUGUUAUUCGACACAAAGGAAUGCAGGGACAUGGUUAGCCUUCAGAACUGCGUCGUGGCGGAAUUGGAAAACUGUCCGGAUCCGACGACGGCGAAUCUCGUGAAUUCCAUAUUCAAUUACGUGAAACGAGUUACGCCAUGCGAGAAUCUUCUCAUCGCGCAAAGCGCCGCUGCUACCGGCUCGCAAGCGGAAUCUUCCGGUGUUUCAUAUGUCAGCGUGUUUUCCACCGUGACGAUUUUGUCAAUUAUAGCGAGCUACGUCGGUGUAGCGACGGUGUAAAACCGUCCGUUACACGCACGUCGCACAAAAGCUUUAAAAGAAAAUUUAAUAUCAUAUAUCCUUAAAUAUGUGAUAACACGACGAACGUAGAAAUACGUUGUGGGAGCGCCUAAACGCGUAAUAAGAAUUCAUUUUUACGCGAUCAAAGACGAAGUGCUAUAUGAAAGCCCAGUUCAUACCUCUGAUCUUUCUCAUUAAACGAUAAGUUAUCUUUUUUUUUUUUAUGUGUUUUGUGUUUUGCUUUCACAACAACAAAUUGUCAGUGUUGUACUUUUUUUGUUUCCUAACUUGAGAAAAAAACACAUUGGUGUUUAAUUUGAGAAUUAUUGUUAGGCAGAGAAUUAUUAUAUAAGGCGUUGUAUUUAAGAUGUAUGUUCAAAUUAUAACGUACACCUGUGUGUGUCCAACAUAAGCUUGACUCGAUUAAGCAAAUUAAUGCAAUUUGGACGAGGUUCGGCAUUUCACCAGCACUUGGCUUCCAAACAAAGAGCCAGACGAGCAAAUUAGUGCGUUGAUAUAAAUUUACAUAUUUUCGUGUAAUUCUUACAAUUUCAAGUAAUAAUAUUGAACGCUUCGAAUCUGCAAGAUUCUUCUUAAGCGUCAAAAAUCAAUUGUAAUAAUACAAAUCGGUGCAAGAGCGAUCGAUCUCACGUUCAAAAUGUCAGAUUCACUCUCUUAAAAAAAAUUGCCGUCAGUUCUCCAAUCGUCCAGUUUUUUUUUUUCUAAAAUUAAUAAAUUCAUACCAAGUCAAGUUCACGUGGCAAGAAACACACGCACUGAAGCCUUGCGACACGUUCCGUUAUGUAAAACCGACGGCAAGAGAUCACAAUCUUUUCAGGCAAAAUACGAAGACAUUCGUUCAAUUAAAAAUAUGUACAAUAACGUUGACUCACGUUCUUUCCAAAGAAUUGUUAUAAAAAGAAUGUAAGUGGAUUUUAUUUUGCAACCGCUGUCGCAUAUGUUGUUUCAGCAAUAUGUUAUACUUUGAACAUACGCUAGUUCCACGUUACGCAAGGAUGAUUGAAUUUUAUUUAUAUUAUGUUUUAUAUACGCAUAUAUAUAUUUGUUUUAUAUACAUAUAUUAUUUUUUUUUUUUGGUUUGUUUAGUUGUAUGUAUUGCAUAUAAGUAUAGAACGUAAUAGAAAUGACGGAGAAAGUAAUAAUUGAGAAAAAUUGAAGAAUAAUUGUCGGGGGUGCUGUCUGAUGGGAUGGCACCCCGAUCCGUUGUUGCAUAACAGCUGAUGAGAAACCAUUUAACACACAUUGUAAUUAAUAUAUUUUUCUUAUAUACGUAUAUUCUUAUACGUAUACCAUAUUCGCAAAAAUAGAUUUUAGAUCAACUUUUUCUAUUGUUUUUUGCGAAUAAAAAAUCAUCUUUUCGGCGAUACGUUUUUUGAUAUUGAUUAUACAAAGUGUCCAAUUUACAUAAUUCUAAUUCGCUGUUCAAAGGAGGGGAAAAGAAAAACAGUUCGACUGGAUAUUGUGAGAAAACCGUUUUUUAUUUUGCUGGCAUAUUCCCCGUGAAACGGAGAAACGAAACAGUAUUGUCCGGUUAAAGAAUUUAAACACGUUCGCACACAGACGUUUGCAAACAAACGAGAUGCGUGAAAAAUUAUCUUGAUAUUUCCGUGAAUUGACAAGGGAGAUACGUAAUGUGUAAGUUAUACAAGGUGUACCUUUAUACGCUGCGGUUCUAGGCAAAAAUGUUCUCUACGCUUUCGCGACGUGUCGCGCGAAUUUUUGAAAAUGGUGUUUUUUCAAACUAAUAAAAAAACCGCUUUGUUGUCAUUUCCACACAACGACGAUUCUCGGUUCUCGAGAACUCAACCGUUGUUUCGUUACAAAUUAUUUGUAAUUGUUCUCGCGAUCUCUCGCGGAUCUCUCUCUACGAGAGAAGAGAACAGAUUUGACAAGAAGCUUGCCCCUGUAAAAAAAAAUUACAAAUUUACAAAAUGCGUGCUUUGUAUAAAUUUUCAAACGAGAGUUCAAACGCAAAGUUUAUCGCUCGUUUGGCGAUUACGGAUGAUGAAACUCCGGGGAAUUGACAGUAAAACUGUAACCCUGUAGUUUUUUUUUUUUUUUUACGAUUGUAUCUCGUGACGAGCAACGCGACUUUGUUGCUCGCACGACUGCUCAGAAUGUUGUUUGCUUGGAAUUGUGUGGCGUCUAACGCGUAGAGUUUAAGUACCAAAGCCAAUUUGUAAAACGAUUAAAUUUAAUAAAUACGAUAAUCACGAAA